GGUCACGUGAUGGUUAUAAAUUGUCGCCAUUUUCUAAGCACGCUCUCAUUCUGCCGCAGUCUGCGUCGUGUUCAGCAGCUCUUCUGUGUCCCUGAGAAAAUACAUCGAGUUAAAUCAUGUCUGACGAAGGAAAGCUCUUCAUUGGUGGUCUGAGCUAUGAUACCACAGAGCAGUCCUUGGAGGAGGCCUUCUCCAAAUAUGGAACCAUUGCUAAAGUGGAUGUAAUCAGAGAUCGUGAGACUGACCGGUCCAGAGGAUUUGGCUUUGUUACAUUUGAAAAUCCAGAGGAUGCCAAGGAUGCCAUGUCUGCAAUGAAUGGAAAGUCUGUUGACGGCCGCAUGAUUCGUGUUGAUGAAGCUGGCAAAUCUGGUGGGCGAUCUGGUGGCUUCAGAGGAGGCUCUGGCGGUGGCAGAGGGUUCUUUAGGGGCGGCAGGGGCAGAGGUGGUGGAGGAUACGGUGGAGACCGAAGCUAUGGCAGUGACCGUAGUUAUAGCGGAGGUGAUAGGAGUUACAGUGGUGGGGAAAGGAGCUAUGGUGGAGGUGACCGAUCCUACAGUAGUGGUGGAUACUCCAACAGGAGUGGAGGAUACUCUGGCGGUGGUGGAUAUAGAGACAACAGUCUUUGAUUUUUAGGAGCACAGGAGGUUAUGACCGUUCAGGUGGCUCCUACAGAGACAGCUAUGACAGCUAUGCUUCACACGAGUAAAAAAAAAUCCUGAUUGCAAGAUCAUCCCUUGGCUGGCUGUAUUUAAAAAGAUGCGCUCUUGGAAGACCUCUUAUUUUUACUUUUGUUUUCUGGUUCAAGUGUUCUAUUAAAGUACAGACUUUUUUUUAUAUAUAUAACCGUGAUAAUUUAUCCACAAGUUGUUCCUCCAUUGAGGUGCUACUUAAAAUCUGAGCUUUCAGUUACUGUAUGAAUUCAAGCCUGUUGAGGCUUCCUGUACCUACCAUUUUACCUUGUGAUGUGUAGUAGAUGCUCACAGGGGUUUGAAAUUGUCCUUUUUUGUUUCUUUUAGUAUGUGUUUAAAAAAAACUGUCUCUAAAUGCGUAAAAUUGACCUGUCCAACACAGCCUGAGAGCUUCUGAGACCAAUUUCUACACAAAUCUUUUGACCAAUUUGUAAUUGCGGGCAUUUGCAUUUAAACUGAAUUUUAAAGUGGCAGACCUCCCACCUGAAAGUAUAUUCUAAUCAGAUCCUCAAUAGAAGCUUGAUAAGCUGUGAUGUGCUCUUUAUGGCUCCUUGCUGCCUCCAUUUUGUGAUGCAUUCCUUUAGUGAAGCAAGGCAGGCAUGUUGCAUUGGAGUCGUCUCCAGCAACCCUCCUUGAAGUUGCUAAAGAUUUGUAAAUAUUCCUUUUUAUACAAAGAGUAAACUACUUCAAUGGGGUUAAGCCUCAAUUACAGUCUUCUCUUGGUGACCCAAGGUACUUUACUCUUUGCCUUACCUAGAAUUUAUUUUUAAAGUAUGCUCUACUGUGGACUGAAUUUAUCCUCUUAAAUGUGUCAAGGUUGUGUUCCUUCUAGAAAAAGAAAUGUGCUCUGUUCUGUAUAUCAACACCUCAAUCCUUUUUUCUUUUGUAUUAAAACUGGCUUCAUGAAGCCCAUUAAAAAUGGAUGGAAAAUGUUCUGAUUUAUUUAUGCCUCCAAUAUCAAGUUCAAUACAAGCCAGAAGUGUUUUGGAAUGGACCUCUUAAGGGCUAAUUGGGGAUUCAGUAAACAAACCUUUUGAGUAUUUUUCAAUAUUCUUUACUAGGCCAAUAAAACAAAGUGUAUAUACAGCAAAUGCAAUAAAGGUGGAAACCUUGCUGUUAUGUGCUAUAGAUGGUAAUGGCUCUGUAUAAUGCUUCAUUGGAUCCAAGAGUUCUCUGCUAGCAAUUUUGGAAGUCCACAAUGUCCUUGGAGAAUGAAGUGUUGUGACUUCCAACUCAAGAAUCCUGAGAUGAAAGCUGCUCUCUUGGCUAGGUCAAUUGUGGAGAUAGGCCUGUAAUGUGAGGUAAAACCUUUUGCUCUCCUGUACGCAUCCUACAAUUCUCAUUGUCCAUGUUUCCUGCGAGUAGUACCUCAAGUGAUUUUUCACAUCUCCAGACUUUUCAGUCCAGUUUUGCGGACUUAAGCUGCAUGACUAUAGGUAGCUCGCUCAUGCUGGUGGUAAAUCUCUGGCUCAUGCAGCCACUGAAAAUGAGUAGGAGUAUUUCCUUGUGCUGAGGGUUUUUUUUGUCCUACUAAAAGAUUGUCCUAUUUGGGCACUUAAUGUCAAUGUAAAAUGCGAGUCUUUCCAGUACCUCCAUUGUCCUGUUCGGCUCAUCUAUAUGGAGUCCCUUAAAUGCCUUGCCGGCUGUAUCUUGACGUUCACAACUUUUCUAGCUAGUUUAAUUGUAAUGUGCCAAGUAGUAUUCUGUUUUAGACCACUUGUAACUGCAUAAUUUGUCUCUUCAAUGCAAUAAGAUACCUUUUUAUUUUUCAGGCUGAUACACUGGACAUGGUGAAACUUGAGGAUCAAGCUAAUCUUUGAAAUAAGUCAUGGCAAAGAUGGGAGAACUUUGGAAAUGAAAUGCCUGCUGUGCAGAUGAACUCCCAUCUCACCCAAAAAAAAUUUAAUGGAAGCAUCAGAACGGUUUGCUGAUGGCAACAUCUCCCUGACCUUUAGGUUGAAGUUGGUGUGUUGUGUAUUGCUUAAGUGCUGUCCAAGUUUUCAAAGGUUUGUUGUAAGUAAACAUGAUUAUGCAACUUAAUAAAAUAUUAUUUAAAA